ACAGCAGCGGCAGAGUGAUCGGUCACUCAUUCCAAACUGCGCGUGCGCACUUCUUCCGGAGCGAUUCACGCCUUCUCCGAGUGUAGUCCCGCCUUUCAACCUCGUCAUGCGUGGGGUCAUGAGGGGCCGGCGAUGAAGCGCCUUGGGUGAGCUGCGGGGCGUGCUAUUGCUGUUUUGCCUUCUCUUGGCUGGGGUUCUUGGAGAGGCCCGCCUUGUGCGCGUGCGGAGUCGCUUGAGCCGCCGUUCUCUCCCCGCUGCCACUGGCUUUCCCUCUGCUCUCGUUAUGAGGCGCAGCGAGCGGAGAGGACAUGGAGGGGGCUCCGGCAAAGGAGCUCUGGAGGAAGAGGAGCUGCCGUCGGAGCUCAACGGCGCUUCUCUUCCCGUUAUAGAGGGUUCGCCGGGACGCCGUGGAGACCCGUCGUUGGUAGCGGCAGCCGCCGCCGCCACUACUGCUGCUACCCACGGCAGCCGGCGCAGCACUGAGUCCGAAGUGUACGACGACGGGACCAACACGUUCUUCUGGCAAGCACACACCUUAACAGUCCUGUUCAUCCUUACCUGCACCCUGGGAUAUGUGACACUGCUUGAAGAAACCCCACAGGAUACAGCGUACAACACCAAGAGAGGUAUUGUUGCCAGCAUUUUAGUUUUCUUGUGUUUUGGAGUCACUCAAGCAAAAGAUGGGCCAUUUUCAAGACCUCAUCCAGCCUACUGGAGGUUUUGGCUAUGUGUUAGUGUUGUGUAUGAACUUUUCCUCAUCUUCAUACUCUUUCAGACUGUACACGAUGGAAGACAGUUUAUGAAAUUCAUCGAUCCAAAUUUAGGAGUGCCCUUGCCAGAAAGAGACUAUGGUGGAAAUUGCCUUAUCUAUGAUCCAGACAAUGAGACAGAUCCCUUUCACAAUAUUUGGGACAAACUAGAUGGAUUUGUUCCUGCUCAUUUCCUUGGCUGGUAUAUAAAAACAUUAAUGAUUCGUGAUUGGUGGAUGUGCAUGAUUAUCAGUGUAAUGUUUGAAUUUCUGGAGUAUAGUCUAGAACAUCAGCUCCCAAACUUCAGUGAAUGCUGGUGGGACCAUUGGAUUAUGGAUGUAAUAUUAUGCAAUGGACUUGGCAUUUACUGUGGAAUGAAGACUUUGGGAUGGCUUUCCUUGAAAACUUAUAAAUGGCAAGGACUUUGGAACAUUCCCACAUACAAAGGAAAAAUGAAGAGAAUUGCCUUCCAAUUCACACCAUACAGCUGGGUUAAAUUUGAGUGGAAGCCAGCAUCCAGUCUUCGCAGAUGGCUAGCAGUCUGUGGUAUUAUCUUUAUAUUUUUAUUGGCAGAGUUGAACACCUUUUACUUGAAAUUCGUCUUGUGGAUGCCUCCAGAACACUAUUUGGUCCUGCUGCGACUUGUCUUUUAUGUGAAUGUGGGAGGUGUAGCAAUGAGAGAGAUCUAUGACUUCAUGGAUGAUCCAAAGUUCUAUAAGAAGUUGGGUCAGCAGGCAUGGCUGGUUGCUGCUAUCACAGCUACAGAGUUCCUUAUUGUGGUAAAAUAUGAUCCCUACACCCUAACACUGUCACUUCCUUUCUACAUUACUCAGUGCUGGAUCCUUGGAAUCACACUUGUGCUUACUUGGACAGUAUGGCGCUUCUUUAUUCGUGACAUCACCUUACGGUAUAAAGAGAUAAGAAGGCAAAAACAAGAACAUAAAUAUGGAAAGGACAAGUGUUUAAGCAAUGGCGAUGGACAUCCUGUACUGGCAGAUGAGCACAGUGGGAAUAGACUAAGAGAGAAAAAACUUUGAACUUGAGUAAUGAAUUAAGGACUGAGAGGGUUAUUUUUCAUGCAAGUGUAACCCUUCCUAGUUUUGUAAGUGUUGGUGUUUUCUCUCAAGUGAGAAUCCUGUUGGAAAAGGUGCCACCUAAUCUCUUUUGAGGAAGGUGCUUACAACUAAUAUUAGAAGCAGUACUCCUCCCACAAGAGGACCUCCACCUAAGUGUGCUAUAAAUGUUUCUGUCAUCUUACAAAGUGGAGAAUUAAACAGGUGCAAAGGGAAUCUAGUAACCCCAAUUCUGGAAAACUUUUAUGGCUUGAGGGGCGUCAGGAACACAUGGAAUAAGUAUGUGCACUGUGAAAAACAGUUUGGUAUUUUCUGCUGCAACUACCUUGAACUGUGGUACUAAUAUUCAUGUCCUCCUUAUCCAUCCAUCCAUCCAUUCAACUAUUAGGACAAUAUCAACAAAAUAAAUGGAGGGAUGCAACUAAAGCACGAGAACAAAUGGCAUAACUUUGCACAACAUACUAUUGCAACAGCUCUUGGGGGUCCUGGAUCUAGUUGCCUAUGUCUCAAAGCGAAGGUGCAUUACCUUGAAAACAGCCUGCUACUGCAUCUUCUUGAUACCAAAUACCUCUUCAAUUCAUCUUUGUCCUGGUCAUCCUUUUUAGGUCAGACGUUACGUGAAGAAAGUGAAAGCUAUAGGGAAAAUAGUUAAUCUACCAAAAUCGUAUGUUAUUUGCCUUAUUUUUCUACCACUGAGCUGCUGUCUGUUCUUGCCAAGGCUGUGCUUCCUUGAGUCUUAGACACACACCCCCAAUUGCACAAGGCAGAGCAUGUCAAACAAUUCUCCAGAACUGUCUUGCUACUUCUAGAAUUUAAGCUGCACUAAAUAAGGUGGGGAUAUAUUGAGGCAACUGCAGUGUGCACAAUCAGCCACUAAAUGCGAAAAGGGUAUUGCUAACAUCUCAUGAGAGCCUCCAAGAAUGCUGGCUGUCUUGCUUAUCAUUUGCCUCCUAAAACAUAUAUUGAACAAGUGAAGUUCAUGUUACAAACAUCUCCUCUACAAUUAUAGUUGUCAUAGGAACUUGUUUCACAUUCCUAAAACAGCUAUGUGAAUUUACUGCUUACAUAUAACACUAAAUUAAUCUUAACAAUGUAACACUUGUCUUAAAUCUGUUGAAACUUUUUGAAAUUUGUUUUGAAAUGAGCUUUUUGUUUUGAAGUAUAAGCUAAUAUGUGAACCCUACUCUUGCCACCAUUACCCCCACCAAAUAAAAUCUCAAAAAUGCUGCUGGUUAAAGCACAAUGCACAGACCUUGGCUUCCUUUCAUGUCAAUACUUGAAUGGCAAAACAAGUGGGGUUUUGCCUUUUCUACAAUGACACUAAUGUUCUCCUCUUACACAAUAGACACUUUCAGCAGGGCAAAAUAAAAAAAUCAAUAUAAAUGAAUCUUUGAAAGCUCAGCAAAUGAAGUAAUUUUUUAGCAUAUAAAAUGAGUGAAGGAACUCUGUUUCAUGAUUAUCAGAAUGGGGAAGGUCAUAUGAAGCUUAUUUCUUGAUUUGUAAUGAAUUUACUGCUGAUUUAAUCAUGGAAUGGCAGAUGUUUAAAAUUAGGAUUUAUCUGCUGUUCAAUAAUAAGGGAUGCUAUGGCUUUAACUAGACAUAAACAAACAUCUUAAAAGGGCAGAUGCUGCAUUGAGCUGGUACAUUAAAACAAGCCUCUCCCCACAUGGAUGCAGUAGGUUUUUGAAGUUGUUCAGGGUUAAUUUUGUGCCUGUCUUGUGAUCUGACUAGAGGUAGUACCAGUGUAUCUGUGCUAGUGUGGCCCCAGUUUUGCAAGGCUUACAUAGGCAUAUUGUCCUAGUCUGUUUUUAUACUAGUAAACUCUGCCCCUCUUGUAAUUGUAAUGUCCUCCAUGUAAUUCUGGUGGUAUCAAGUGCAAUUUGGAGAAUUUGAAAGGAAUUUUAAGUUUGUUUUGUUUUUUGUUUGAAGAACCAAUUAUGUAAAAUUUGAAGAGCAGAGGAAACUGUUUCCCAGUUGAAGUUGAUCUACUCUUAAAACAUUACUUUUGUACUGAUCUUUUUGUUCAUUGAAAUAUUGCGUCUUAACAGUUACAGUCUGGAUAACUGAACAAAUGUAAUAAAAGGAUGUUUGCUGGUG